CAAUAUAUAUACACAUCAGAACGAAAGGGAUAGCAGGAAAAGCAACUCCACUUUCUUCUCUUUUUUUUUCUCUUGAGAAGAAGAAGAAGACUGAAAAUGGGGGAAACAGGGGAAGCUUCAGCAAUAUCGUUUCCAUCUUUAACAAUUCCACCUCGCCCUUCAUUCGAAUCCUUUUUUAACAUGUCUUCUUUCAGCCCAGGUCCAAUGUCUCUUGUUUCCAGUUUCUUAUCUGAUCAGAGCCCUGAUUCUGCAGAUUGUCCUCCUUCUUUCUCCCAGCUUCUCGCCGGAUACGAAUAUUCUGGAGAUCUUGCAGGGUGUCAAAACAACUCUGUGUAUAACCCUGUGAAUCCUCAAUUGUUCAUGAUUCCCUCUGGUUUGAGUCCUUCUGGAUUCCUUAAUUCUCCUGGCUUUCUUUCCCCACUUCAGAGUCCCUUUGGAAUGUCACAUCAGCAGGCUCUAGCACAUGUUACAGCACAGGCUGAAUUUUCUAGUUCAUAUAUGCAAGCCGAAGAUCAGUGUUCCUCUCAGGUGGCUUCAGUAGAAGCAUUAGGACAUGAGUUGUCGAUUGAUCCAAAUGAGUUUUCUUUGCAGAUAAAGGAAUGUCUGCGAACUAGUUUGGAUAACAAACCAUCAGACAAUCAGGGUAAGCAAUUUGAACAACCGGAGGUUUCUCAAUCUGAGAACAAGACCUCCUUUGGUGCUCUCGAUAAGCCAGCUUGUGAUGGUUAUAACUGGAGAAAAUAUGGCCAGAAAAAGGUUAAAGCUAGUGAAUGCCCUAGGAGCUACUAUAAGUGCACACAUCUCAAAUGUCUAGUGAAGAAGAAGGUUGAGCGGUCUGUUGAUGGUCACAUAACUGAGAUAACAUAUAAUGGCCGGCACAACCAUGAUCAACCAACCAAACAAAGAAAAAAUGGUUCUGCUUUGGAUAAUACAGACUGCUUUGGAGUUCGACCAGAUAUUAGUACACAUGAUUGGACAGUAAUGAAUAGCUCGGAUGGGUAUUCUCCGUCUCGUUCUGACCAGGUUCCAACCCAAAUGGCAUCUGAACUUCUUGUCAAAAGAGAAUGUGAUGAAACCGAAAGCUAUUUGAUAGACGUAGAUGAUGAAGGGCAUGAUGAACCAGAUGCAAAGAGAAUGAAGACGGCAGUUAUGCCUGUAGCUUCAUCACAUGUUACAGUAGCUGAAUCCAAGAUUGUUCUGCAGACGAGAAGUGAAGUUGAUUUCUUAGAUGACGGGUACAAAUGGCGAAAAUAUGGGCAGAAGGUGGUAAAGGGGACUCAGCAUCCAAGGAGUUACUAUCGGUGCACAUAUCCUGGAUGCAAUGUCCGCAAACAAGUCGAGAGGGCUUCAACUGAUCCAAAAGCUGUCAUAACAACAUAUGACGGCAAGCAUAAUCAUGAUAUUCCUACUGUUAGGAAUAGAGGAACGAGGAAUAAAUACAGCCAAAGAUAGCAUUGAAAACGUAAGAAACUGUGACAUGAAGGCCUUCAGUUCACAAAAAUAUCUUGGUUUCCGAAAACAACGAAAUUCCCUUGUGUGAAAAGAUUGCAGCAUUAGGAAAAGUAGAUGUGGUUUGAGCUUCUUACUUCUGUACAAAAAGCUUAUAAUUAAUAAAUCUAUCCUUGUUGAAAACCA